AUGCGGGGCGACGCCACCCUCCCCGACGGCAAGGUCACCUUCAUCGUCGGCGAUGACGAGGACCGCAUCGAGCACGUGAGCAAGAGCCUGCUCUGCGUGCGGUCCGAGUACUAUGGGAAGAUGUUUGGCAUCGGCAUGAAGGAGCGCGACGCCGCCGAGAUCACGGUGCCCAAGACGGACCUCGCCAGCUUCACCGCCUUCAUCGACUACCUCUGCACCGACCAGCUCGACCUCGGCGAGGGGGAGGGCGAGCAGGCGCGGCGCGCGCUCGUGCUGCGGGAGCUGGCGCAGAUGUACCAGGUGCCGCGCCUCGAGCUGCUCUGCGCGCAGGCGCUGCAGGAGAGCGUCGGGCCGGCGAGCGCCGUGCCGCUGCUCGAGGCGGCGCACGCGACGGGCGACGGGCGGCUCCUCGCGCAGUGCCGCCGCUACGUGGCCGACCACGCCGCCGAGGUGCGGGCGAGCGGCGGCGUGGAGCAGCUGCGCGACCUGGGCGUGGCCAAGGGGCUGCUCGGCGACGCGCUCGACCAGGUGGUGGAGCUGAAGAUGGGGGCGGCGCGCACGGCCGCGGGCCAGAGGGCGGCGCCCUAG